AUUUAUUAAAUUCAUGACAGAAGCUUAAAAUUUUGAACGGUUAAAUCUAUGUUGCGUGAUAUAAACGCAAAUUUCAUCUCAACGUAUCCCAUUUAUCAUGCAAUAUGAGAUAUGGGUCGCGUGUAUCCCGAUUGAAUAAUGACCAGCAAUUGUAUCAUCUGACUGAACAUCCUGGACCUCUGCUAUAGGAUGGCAUAUGGAAAAUAAGCCAAUACCAACAGUCAAUUGUAGCAAGAAUUUCGGUUAACAACAUAAAUAUUAAACUACGUUUAAAAUAGAAUCGAAUAAAAGUAACAUGGAGAGGUUAACAUAUAACAUUUACGUGUUCCAGUCUUUUAUAAUUGUACAAAUUCUUAAUAUAAACGCAGCAUGCAGUGCGCAACAAUGUAUCGCAUACUCCAUGUUUUAUUAAUAUACAGGACGUAUUAACGUAGUGAAUUGCAGUUCUCUCGCGAUAAAGACAAUCUCACGUCGAUAAUAGCUGAGGAAUACACGGCCGUCCAGUAUCGCACAGUUCUCUGAAAGAGAAGCAAAAUGGUUCUCCUGUGUGUAUCUUUAAUACUCGGAGCACUGACACUUCUUUUUGUUUACCUGACGAAUAAUAUUAAAUACUGGCAAAAACGUGGGAUUCCUUGUGCAAAUGGCGCUUUGCCGGGAGUUGGUCAUAUGUGGGACUUAAUUACAUCAAAAAAAAGUUUUCAAGAUUGCUGUCAUAAGAUCUACAACGACAAUUCGAAUCGCAGUGCGGUUGGUUUCUACAACUUCACGACGCCAAUACUGAUGGUUCUUGACCCGGAGCUGGUGAAGACAGUGUUGCAAACGAAAUUCACGUGCUUUCACGAAAACAACGUGAAAGUCAAUCCUGAACUGGAUCCUCUGUUGGCGAACAAUCCCUUCUUCACGUACGGGGAAAAGUGGGUGAUCGGUAGGAAGCGUCUGACCUAUGCCUUCUCCAGCAUGAGAUUGAAGAUCCUGCUCGAGAACGUUAAACAAGUGUGUCAGCAGUUCGAGGACUUCAUCGACAGGAGAUUGAAUAAAACUGAGCAAGUGGAGAUGGAGUUGAAGGAUUUGUUCGCCAGGUACACCACACAGGUGGUAGCAAGCGCUGGUUUCGGUGUGAAUGGAUUUUGCUUCGACGACGAAAAACAGCACACGUUCCGCGAAAUCGGAAAGGACGUAUUUGAACCGUCCUCUCUGCACAACUUUAUGAUCACCAUUGCAUUCCUAUCACCUUUCUUGGGCAAAAUUUUCAGAGUGAGGUUCCUAUCGAAGAAAGCUGACCAUUUCUUCCGAACGUUAGUCGCUAGCGUUAUGGAGGAGAGAAGAACAAGCAACACGAAAAGAAACGAUUUCCUGCAAUUGAUGGUGGAAUUGGAGCACGCGGAAGGUGAUAAGUUCGAUAUAGAAAUCCUAGCAUCUCACGCUUCGUCGUUCUUCAUCGACGGCAGCGAAACUUCCAGCACCGUAUUGAGUUUCGUUGGCUUUCAAUUAGCCACUCAUCCGGAGGUACAGAAAAAGUUACGCGAGGAAAUAGUGACCGUGCUCGCGAAAUAUAACGGCACGCUCACGUAUGACAGCUUGAAGGAAAUGACAUACAUGGAUCAAGUUUUGAACGAAUCGCAACGGAUCAUACCCGUGGCUGCAUUCAUGAGCAAGGUUUGCACAGAAUCGGUCGUGUUGACAGGAUCCGAUGGCUCUGUCUACCACAUUGAAGCUGGAAUGGACAUCUUGAUACCCGCGAAUGGCCUGCAUAAUGAUCCUCGUCAUUGGGAGAAGCCUGACGUAUUCGACCCUGAAAGAUUCAGUUCAGACAGGAAACAGAGCAUCAAAAAGUUCACUUUCCUUCCCUUCAGCGAAGGACCACGAGCCUGUGUUGGGAUGAGGAUGGCUCUACUACAGAUGAAAGCGUGUUUGGCUGUGUUCCUGAAAAAAUACAGUUUAGAAUUGUCUCCCAGAACGAAAAUGCCUUUAAAGAUGACUCCUAUAGCUCUUUUACCAAAGCCAGAGGGUGGUUUAUGGGUCUCCAUCCGGCCGCUUUAGUGGCGAGAAGAUUUCUUUUUAUCCUUUAUAACGUCUUUAUAACAAUUUAAUCCGUCAUUUAUCGAACACCUUCUAGUUAUCAUAUAAUUAUCUCGAAGCACGAAGAAUCUAAUCGAAAACACUAAGUGAACAUUAUAAGAACAGAAAGCUUUAUUUUUCUUUUAUAGGUGACGGUAGUGAGAAAAAACACAUAUAUGUUAUUUGUUAUUAAUAGUCGUAAUAUUAUACAUGCUUCGAGUAUAAAAAUCAAGAGCGUGAUAAUAAUUUUAUAACAAGCUUUUUAUAACAAGCGAUUUUAUCUAUCUGAUGUAGCCUUAAUAGCCAUAUUGACUAUAUCUGUUAACACAUUCGUCAGGAAGGCGACAAAAAAGAAAUGACAAAUGUAUUGUUGCAAUAUAUUAUACAUCGACCAACAAAUAAAUGACCUGACUGUAUAAUA